CUCCACCAGUUUUCCACGCCCGCCCGCCCGCCCGCCCGCAGCCAAAACCCCACCAACACGCCCAGUCCAACUCCAAAUUCGCCGCCGGCCGCCCGCCCGCAGCGACCGCGAGCCUCCCGCCCCGCCGGCUCCCCCUCCGAUCUCAUUUCUCCCAUCGCAGGUGAAAUUCUAGAUGGCUCCUUUGGUGCUGGGAAUGUGAAUUUCAGAAAAGAAUAACUGUUGACAUUUUGGUACUGCAUGAUGAACGGUUCAGCUGGUUCCCCGGGGAAUCAUGUGAAUGGAAAGCAAGUGCAAAGUGUUGACCCUCCCGGUCUUUCAAGUUUUAACAAUGGACCAAGACACCGUCCGUUGAAUGCAUGGAGGCGCUGCCGUGGUGUAUUGUGCUUGGUGAUUAUGCCGGUGACAGCAUGCAUGAUGAUGGUUUACCUAGCCCCUGUGACAACCUUCGUCGUACGGUUGUUCAGUGUGCAUUACAGCAGAAAGUGGACGUGCUUUCUGUUUGGGAUGUGGUUAGCCAUGUUUCCCUUUCUGUUUGAGAAGAUCAACAGGACAAGGUUUGUUUUCUCUGGUGAAAAGGUGCCCCCAAAAGAGUGUGUCUUGCUGUUUGCUAACCACAGAACUGAGGUAGAUUGGAUGUACCUGUGGGAUCUUGCAUUGAGGAAAGGCCGUUUGCAGUCUAUCAAGUACAUCCUCAAGAAAAGUUUGAUGAAGUUGCCUAUUUUCAACUGGGCAUUUCACAUUAUUGAGUUUAUUCCAGUAGAGCGGAAUUGGGAGGUUGACGAACCACUAAUCCGAAGAAGGCUUUCUCAACUGAAGUACCCCAAGGAUCCCCUUUGGCUUGCAGUUUUUCCAGAAGGCACUGAUUAUACUGAGAAGAAAUGCAUCAAAAGUCAAGAGUAUGCGGCAGAGCAUGGUUUGCCUAUUCUGAAAAAUGUCCUCCUUCCCAAGAUAAAGGGUUUCAAUUGCUGCCUGCAAGAGCUGAGGAGUAACUUGGAUGCUGUUUACGACAUCACGAUCGCAUACAAGCAUCGGCUCCCGACGUUCAUGGACAACGUGUACGGCAUCGACCCCUCUGAGGUCCACGUCCACACCAAGAUCAUCCAGGUCUGUGACAUACCAACAGCAGAGGACGAAGUAUCCAGCUGGCUCACGGAGAGGUUCAGACUGAAGGACGAGCUCCUGUCUGAUUUUUUGGCACAAGGCCACUUCCCCAAUGAAGGAACCGAAGAAGACCUGUCCACGCUCAAGUGCGUCGCGAAUUUCGUUGCGGUGAUCGGCAUGACGGCCUUCUUCAUCUACCUGACCCUGUUCUCGUCCGUGUGGUUCAGGGUCUUCGCGGCGUGCAGCGCCUCUUUCCUCACGUUUGCCACGGUGUACUCUAUACACGCUCCUCAGAUCGUGUGUUUGCCGGAGGCCGGCGCCCACGCCAAGAAAGCUUGAGCUUGGUGUUGUAAGCUGGAGCUGGAAGCUGUGUAUGUGUGUCCGCAUGCGGUAGAAACAUGUUUACUGCGUAUACGCAGCCUGUGGUGUCAUUCUUUUGUAUGUGUGUAUGGUGAGUGGCAUCUACAGUUGGGGGUAGAACUUCUAACUCCACUCUUGACUCUUUUUUGGAGCAAAAUACAAAGACUGCACUACAAAAGUGGGCGGAGCCAAAAUUGGUCGCCACGUAUCUUCGUCUA